UCAAAGUAUAACACAAAUGUUGAGAAGAGGCGGGCAGAAUUAGGCUUGACUCAGGAGGAUGAGAUUGAUUCUGAUGUGGAGGAUGAUGCCAUCUUUGAGGCAGUUGGGGUGUACAAGGGCCGGGUCCCGUGCAUGGGGGCUGAGGGGCAACGGAUCUUGUACGACCGCAGCGGUGCUUCAUCUUCCCGAUCAAGGCGCGGAGAGGAUCCGCGUAUCGCUCAAAUGCAGCGGGAGAUGGAGGAGCAGCAGCGGGCCUUGGCUGAGCAGCAGCGCGCCUUGGAGGAGCAACGCAAAAAAGAUGAAGAAACAAGGGCCCGGCUGGAAGAGAUGGAACGGAUCCUCAGCGCCGGAAUUCGGAAUCAGCCUCAGCCUCAGCCGUAUGUACUGCACCCCGAGCAGACACCUCAAGUUCCGCACAUGGGCGGUUAUUUCCGUACCAACUCUGCUACCGGGUUGCCUUCAUUUGGUUCUAUUCAGGAUAUCAAUUUUCACAACCUGUUUCAAACAUCUGGAGGCAGCCAAGCAGGUGGUAGUCGCGGAGGUGGCAGUCGCGGAGGAGGCAGUCGCGGUGGCAAUCGAGAAGGCCAAGCUGGAGACAACCGAGAAGAUGAGACCGAAGAAGAUUACCUAUAUGAUGAUUCUAGAUAUUAUCAUAAUGGUAACCGGAGGAGCUUG